CCUCUGCAUCAAUUACCAAAAGAAAGAAAAAGGAUAAACCUCUCCCCUAAAACCCUUUGGCUCUCUACCAAAUGCUUCGAUCUCUCGCACCUCCGACGUCUGCACCGCCCCUGCUGUUCGAUUCCGCCGCCGGCGAUCUAUCUCGAUGCCGGCCGGCGAGGCCGGCGGCGGCGUGUUGCAGCGGGCAGAGGAGCAGCGCGUACAUACCAAAGCUUGAACCUUUCAGCCGGAGUAAGAUCGAUCGGAGGCUAAAGGACCCGCCUUUUUUGCAGAAGUUUGAGAACGAUCUCACUGAUUACUGCUCAACCCUUGAAGGGGACAAAGCCUACAGCUGCUGGAUGGCCUACUUCAAGCUGAAAGAUCUUGAAGAGGAAAUGACGAGAGAACAAGUGGAGAAGUUUGUAAGGCAGGCUGGUGGAGUAAAAUCUUUUAUUGGAUGUUUGCAUGGGUUAACAGCAAUGCUUAAAAAUGAUGCAAAAAACCAGCAAAAGCACAUACCAUCAAAUUUUAAGGCCGAGAAAGAAGCGCCCGUCCAUGUACCCGACGGCAUCCCGAAAACAAAGCAAGAGCUAGAGGAAGAAGAGAAUGGAAAAAUGCCGGAUUCUUCCUUCACGAGGCUUCUAAGGACCAUGGGAAGGGCUCCUGCUUGGUAUUCUCAAGCCCCGGAUCAUGAAAUGUGAAGAAUAAAUGCUUUGUUGUAAGUUUCAAUGGCAAUGCUUGCAUGGAGUUUGUGCUACAGGACCGGCUCUUAUGAGUGGAGAUGGAUGGGGAAGUAUAAGCAUUGUUUAUGCUUGUUGAUAUCUUUCGUAUGAUGCGGAACUGUGGAUAUUGGUCUUCACUGGUUUUGGCUCACUGUUUCACUUAAAAUAAUGUGAAGAUUAGUGUAGUUUUAUAGUGAUGUAGAUUUGUAUUUUAAGGUAUUCACAACUAAAAAAUGUGAUUUUAGAAGCAGAAGUAUGCUGUAGUUUAAACCGCCAAUAAUAACCCCCUAUAGCAAACUAAUGUGCCCCGCUCCCUCACCCAAAUGUUUGAUUGUUCUUAUUUCAGAAUAAGUUAUUUACCUUUUGAUGUU